AUACAAUUUCUAAGUAUAUUAGUAUUAUUAUUAUCUUUUAAUUACUCUAUUUGUGUGUCUAUAAUUCAUUGUUAUUCGUAUGGAAAGAAAUAAUAACUUGCAUCGUCAAGUUGCUAGCCUUAGGCAGUCCCUUUUCGAUCAGGGAUAUGUUGAUGAGCAAUUUAUUGAGUUGGAAGAGCUACAAGAUGAUGCUACUCCUAACUUUGUGGAAGAAGUUGUUACUUUGUUUUAUAAUGAUUCUGCUAGGUUCAUUCAUAAUAUUGAUCAAUCAUUGGAAGAACAUCCUCUUGAUUUUGCAAAGCUUGACAACUAUAUGCAUCAGUUUAAGGGCAGUAGUUCAAGCAUUGGAGCCAAGAAAGUUAAAAUUGAAUGUACACAGUUCAUGGAAUACUGCCGAGCUGGAAACGUGGAAGGAUGUAAGAGAACUUUUCAGCAAUUAAAGAGAGAAUAUGUGGUACUUAGAAAGAAGCUAGAAGUUUAUUUUCAGUAUGCAAGACAAGCUGGACCAACUGAAACGGCGUCGUAUCACCCAAAGUAACUAUGUUAGGAAUAUAAUCUAAGUGACUCC